ACAAAACCAUAUCAACUACUACACCCUCUCAUACAACCCAAACACCAACAUUCAUCCCAGCCGGGGCGAAGUAGUAGUUAGUUCCUAUGAAGCGGCUUACUCCGUAGUUAUUUUGAUGCCCCACCAAAAACCCCGCCGAAGCUUUCCGUCACCAGCUGAGCCCAGUCAACAACAACCUCCACCACCACCACCAUCGUCGUUCUCUUCGCUACUAUUAUAUUAGAGCGUCUUUGUUCCUUGAAAUUACUCGGUCUUAUUAUUUCCUCUACUGUAGCAACUUAAACUCUACGAAUACCUUACAGUCGCUAUCUAUCUUAACCUCAAAAAUGUUGAUCAAAGUCCGUACACUUACCGGAAAGGAGAUCGAGUUGGACAUCGAGCCUGAUUACAAGGUUUCCCGGAUAAAGGAGCGCGUCGAAGAGAAAGAGGGUAUUCCUCCUGUCCAGCAGCGAUUGAUUUUCGGUGGAAAGCAGAUGGCCGACGACAAGACUGCUUCGGAAUAUAACCUGGAAGGUGGUGCCACGCUACACCUUGUUCUUGCCCUGCGUGGUGGAUGCUUGUGAAUGUGUAUGGUGUGACAGAAGGGGGAUGGAGUAAAGAGGAAGAUAUCUGUAUGAUGCUUCAGAGCCGGUAUUCUGAACGCUUUGUAGCGUUGGUUUCUUGUUUCGGGGCUAUGAGCAUGCAUGUAGGUUUCGAUCCUGGGGCUGGAUGGGGGGUUUUAAUGAGCUACAAACCAACAAUGCAGUAAUGACAGUUCUUUACAUACUUUUUGCAGAAGAUGGAGAUUGGUU